AUGGAUGAGUUUCCCGUUGUGCAUAUACCAGAAGAUGAUGUGCUCGAGGAGGAGGAGUUUGAACGUCUUUACUCCGCACCACUCGAAAUUAUCAUCCUCCUUUCCAUUUUCUAUGGUAGCAUAAGUAUUUUAGCUGUCAUUGGCAACUCGCUGGUUAUAUGGGUGGUGAUUACAACGAGACAAAUGCGUACCGUUACCAAUACAUAUAUAGCGAAUUUAGCCGUUGCCGACGUAAUCAUUGGACUUUUCUGUAUUCCAUUUCAGUUUCAAGCUGCUCUUCUACAACGCUGGAAUUUACCUUGGUUUAUGUGCGGCUUUUGUCCCUUCGUUCAAACAUUGAGUGUAAAUGUGUCCGUGUUUACUUUGACGGCCAUUGCGAUCGAUCGACAUCGCGCGAUCAUCAAUCCUUUGAGAGCACGUCCCUCCAAACUAUUUUCGAAAUUCAUUAUACUUGGAAUUUGGCUGGUGGCGCUCUUUUUCGCCACCCCCUCUGGCAUUGCCUUUCGUGUUGAGUUGAUGUACGAGCGCUACAGGGAGGACAAUGUCAUCUACAAUGUUACUCGCCCCUUCUGUAUGAAUGUCAAUCUUUCGGAUGAACAGUUGAGAGUUUAUCGCUAUGUGCUGGUGGUUGUACAAUAUUUGGUGCCAUUCUGCGUUAUAGCAUUCGUGUACGUACAGAUGGCGCUUAAGCUGUGGCUUACAAGAACGCCGGGAAAUGCGGAGGAUACGCGUGACAUGGCAUUAAUGCGAAAUAAGAAGAAAGUCAUAAAAAUGUUGAUUGUCGUUGUGAUUGUAUUCGGCAUUUGCUGGCUGCCGCUACAAGUUUACAAUAUGCUAUAUGUGACCAUACCGGAAAUCAACGAAUAUCACUUCAUCAGCAUAAUUUGGUUCUGCUGUGAUUGGCUGGCGAUGAGCAACAGUUGCUACAAUCCUUUCAUCUAUGGCAUAUAUAAUGUGAGUACUACACAAACUAAUACUUUUAAAUUUUACCUUAAUUUCAUUUAUGUUAUGACGACUGGAAAUUCAAUUUAUCCUUUUUUACAGUUUCAAGCUGCCUUGCUGCAACGCUGGAAUUUGCCUUGGUUCAUGUGUGGCUUUUGUCCUUUCGUGCAGGCAUUGACUGUGAAUGUGUCGGUAUUCACACUCACUGCAAUUGCAAUUGACAGGCAUCGUGCUAUAAUCAAUCCAUUCAGAGCUCGUCCCACAAUGUUGGUGUCCAAAUUAAUACUCGUCGGCAUUUGGCUGGUGGCGCUUGUUUUCGCAACACCAUGCGCCAUAGCGUUCCGUGUGGAAUUGGAGCAUGAACGUUACAGUGAAAAUGGUAUAAUAUUCAAUGCCACACGACCAUUUUGCAUGAAUAAAAAUCUCUCUGAGGCACAAUUGCAAACAUACCGUUACACAUUGGUCUUUAUGCAGUACUUUGUGCCGUUUUGCGUCAUCUCUUUUGUUUACAUACAGAUGGCGGUGCGUUUGUGGGGCACACGGGCGCCUGGCAAUGCACAAGACACGCGCGACACAACAUUUCUGCGUAACAAAAAGAAGGUUAUAAAAAUGCUCAUUAUCGUUGUGGUUGUAUUUGGUUUCUGCUGGCUUCCGUUGCAACUGUACAAUAUUCUCUACGUAACCUUUCCAGAGAUUAAUGAAUACCAUUUCAUAAAUAUUAUUUGGUUUUGCUGCGAUUGGCUAGCGAUGAGCAAUUGCUGCUACAAUCCCUUCAUCUAUGGAAUUUAUAAUGAAAAAUUCAAACGCGAAUUUAACAAACGUUUUGCUACUUGCCUUUGUAAAACCCACACAUUACUAGAUGGCCAAGAGCGUACGCAAUCGAUGCAUACGCGAGUAAGUUCAGUACGAUCCAGCAGCAUUGUGCCGCCAAACUCAUCAGUGCGUGUGGGGAACAACUUUUAUGGAGCCAAAAUGCCAACGACAACCUUUUCCAAUAAUAAUAUCACUUCAUAUGGCAAUGUUUCUGGAAAUAAUGAAAUAGAUGAACAAUUACAUUUAAUAACAUACGAUACUCGGAUACAAAGAGAUAUUGGCCAGAACAAUUGCGGUUUAACAAACACGUACAAGAAUAAUUCUAAGAAUUUUCACUUGCAACAAGCUGAUGCUAUUCAAAGAAAUGAAAAUGAACAAGAUGAGCUGUUAUAA